GUUCAAAGUGCCGCUUCCUUCUCCUCCCUUCCCCCGCGGCGCCUUCCCAGGCUCCUCUCCGGGUAAACAGCGAUGGCCGCGGACGAAGGAGGCGGAGAACAGGAGAACAACAUGGGGAACCACUUGCAGCUCAUUCCUGCAGAGAGUGAUGAAGAGGAGGAUGUUGAAAUGGAAGUUGAAGAUCAAGACAGCAAGGAUGCUGAAAAGCCAAACAUUAAUUUUGAUACUAGUCUGCCAACAUCACACAUGUACUUAGGAUCUGAUAUGGAAGAGUUUCAUGGGAGGACUGUUCAUGAUGAUGACAGUUGCCAGAUGAUUCCAGUCUUGCCUCAUGUGAUGGUGAUGUUGAUUCCCGGACAGACAUUGCCUCUGCAACUCUUUCACCCCCAAGAGGUCAGCAUGGUGCGGAAUUUAAUACAGAAAGACAGAACAUUUGCUGUUCUUGCAUACAGCAAUAUACUUGAAAGGGAAGCACAUUUUGGAACGACUGCUGAAAUUUAUGCCUACCGCGAAGAACGGGAGUAUGGAAUUGAAACAGUUAAAGUAAAAGCUAUAGGAAGACAGAGGUUCAAAGUGCUCGAAAUAAGAACUCAGUCAGAUGGAAUCCAGCAGGCAAAAGUACAAAUCCUUCCUGAGCGAGUAUUGCCAUCAACGAUGUCGGCAGUGCAGCUGGAGUCUCGCAGCAGAUGCCACCUAUUUCCUUCUUCCAAGCCUACAGCAUGGCAGGAUCAACAUGUACAUCAAUGGCGGCAGAAAUAUCAAAAGAGGAAGUUCCACUGUGCUAGUCUGACUUCCUGGCCAUCUUGGCUGUAUUCCUUAUAUGAUGCUGAAACCUUGAUGGAAAGAGUUAAGCAGCAGCUGCAUGAGUGGGAUGAAAAUCUUAAAGAUGAAUCACUUCCAUCAAAUCCAAUAGAUUUUUCCUACAGGGUUGCAGCUUGUCUGCCCAUUGAUGAUGCAUUACGAAUUCAACUCCUUAAAAUUGGUAGUGCUAUUCAGCGACUUCGAUGUGAGCUAGAUAUAAUGAACAAAUGUACAUCCCUAUGUUGCAAGGAUUGUCAGGACACAGAAAUAACAACAAAAAAUGAAAUAUUCAGUUUAUCCUUGUGUGGACCCAUGGCUGCAUAUGUGAAUCCACAUGGCUACGUGCAUGAGACCCUUACUGUAUACAAAGCCUGCAACCUGAAUCUGAGUGGCAGAUCUUCCACAGAGCACAGCUGGUUUCCAGGGUACGCAUGGACGAUAGCCCAGUGUAGGAUCUGCAGAAGCCAUAUAGGUUGGAAGUUUACUGCAACAAGGAAGGAUAUGUCACCUCAAAGAUUCUGGGGACUGACCCGUUCUGCCCUGCUGCCAAGGAUUCCAGAAACAGAGAAUGACUCGGGUCAAGAAAGAACACCUUUGCUUUGCCUGUGACACUUCAUCUUUGGGUGGACUAGAAGCAGUUGAGGUCUCUUAAAUGAAUCUACUAUGUGCUGCAUAUGUUUGGUUAUAUAUUUAAAAAAUCAGUAUAUUUGAGUUUCAGCGAAGGAAAGGUACUGUUGUUUCCAAAGUAAAUGAAAUGUCUAAUAUUUGAAUUUGGCCUUCUGGAUGGAAAAGGACUGAAUGUGAGAGAGCACAAGAAAAGCAGACUGCCUUCAAAAUCUGGCAGAACCUGAGGAUUGUACAGUUUAUACCUAUCCUGUAAUUAUGAAAGAAGACACAAGCCACUUUUGAAGAGAUUGCCUGAAAAACUUCUUGAUUAGGGGUGAAGAUGACAUGUAAUUUGAUUUAUGUGUAAUGAUAGGAAUAAGAUACUGCCCACUGUUUUAAGAUAUUUGCUUAUAAAAUGUUGUGAAUGUAUAAGAAUCCCAACUUUCUUAAAGUGUGAAAUAGCUUAUAGGCACUGAGGUGUUUCGCUUGAAUAAGCCUUAACUGAUGAUGAGGUCUGACUGUCCUGUAGGGGCUGCUGGGAUCAUAAGACCCAAGUUUAAAAGGAUGUUGCUUGAAAAGCAAGUGCUGAAACCUGCUGCUAAAGGAGCUAUUAUAUGCAAUUCCUUUGUAAAGAAUCCCUAUAGAAUUGUACUGUCCUUGUUUUAUCCUUUUAUCUGAUUCCACUCAGUUGACAUGUUUUGACCUAUUAAUUUUUUUAAAAGAAAUGGAACUGUUGUUUAUCUGAGACCCCAAGAAAAAGUAUGUGAUUUUCUUUCUUAAAGCCUUUAGUGUAUUUCAGUCAGUCAUAGAAUAUUUCUGCUUGAUCAUUUAAAUCCUCUGAGACAUUAUGUGUCUUUGUGUUCAUGCUUAAGAUUCUGUGGAGCCUUUGGCAGAGCUGUUGCUCAGUAACAUGUAGGUUCAGCAUUGGAAGGAAGCAGCUGUCUCAGCUGCCUUUCAACAGCAUCUGUCUGUGUUACAGAACAGGGUGCCAAAAACAGGGUUGCAAUUUUCUGCUGUUUUGUUUUCCCAGAAUGCACUUUGACAAGCAGUGUUUGUAAAUGUCAGCUCUUCCUUACAUAUAUAUGGAUAUAGGAAUUUUCCCCACUUUGAGGCUACUUCUUUCCCUCAUUUAUUCAGUAUACAUUGUAGAGCCCUUGUUAAGUGUUGAUGGUAAUUUUGUUGAAGUAAAAACUGCUAAAAUCAGUAAUUUUGUACAAAUACCAAUGUAUUUAUCUAGUCUGUGAGAUGUUGCUUGAAAACCUUUGUAAUCUAAUGAUAACACCAUCGCUUCUGCGUUUUGCAGGUGGAAAUUAGUUUCAGGGAGAAAGUGACAUUUAAUACUGAACACUUUAGAUGCAGGCAGGAAUUGUUCUAAGCUCACGCUGUUCCUUGAAGUCUACCUCUUGUUGCCAAACUUACUCUUUCCUAUCCCAGCCACAGUUGAUCUGUUUAUCUUGUUUUGUGCUGCAGCUUAGUCCUUCCAUUGAGCUGUGAAAAGCAAUAUUAGCUGAAACCUCAUUUUGAACAAAUGGAGUGAAAUAUGGAGCAUUUUUAUUAGAGAAAGCAUUCGUUCUAGAUUUUAUUCAGCUCUCAAUAUAUAAAGCUGUAUUGCUGAAAGCACAGGGAAUCUGAAAGUUAUCUUGUACAAAACUCAUUCAGAAAAACUAGAGAGCUUUUUUUUCCUAAAUGAGUAAAAUGUAUAAUAAAACAUGGUGCUCUCUUUGAAGGGCCUAGACUCCUGUGGUUUUCAUUCUGUUUAGUGGGAUGCACAAAUAUUCAGGAUGUCAGGAAGACCUUAUUUUUUUAAAUUACUGCACAAGAGGAUGGGGUACGGUGGUGGUGUGUGGAGAUAAGUUUUCAACCCUUGCUAUAACAUAUUGCAAACCUACAUUAAAAUUAAACCUUCAUGCGA